UUUCCACUCUAUCUUGUCUCUCGUCGAUGGUUGUGCUGUGAUGAAAGUUUUCAGUAUCAUCGGCACACAUAACAGACCACGAUGGCGUGUGCGGUAAAUCAGAGUUGUUGAGGAUUUAUGGAAUAAUAGACGGUGUAAAUAAAAGAUAUUUUUGAAUGGAGAAUUCACGGAGAUAUAGCUGAAAUGUAUACCCGUAUGAAGAAAUAAGAAUUGUUGUGUAGAAAACUUGGUUUACAAAUGAAGUAUUUAGUUGAUGUAGCAUAGUCGGUGAACUGGUAUACUUGACUGUGAUUGUUGAAAGAUUUGAAAUAAUAAUGGAGUGCAUAGUAGCGAAUGUGGAUCACAUGCGAUUUGAUAUUGAAAUUGCUCUCGACGAACAGUAUGGAGCACUUCCUUUACCAUUUACUGGAAUGGACAAAUCCACUGCUGCAGUAUGUCAGUUUUAUCCAAGAGGCACCUGCAUUAAAGGAGCUUCUUGUCCGUUUAGGCAUGUCAGAGGGGAUCGUACAAUUGUUUGUAAACAUUGGUUGAGAGGUCUUUGUAAAAAGGGUGAUCAGUGUGAAUUUUUACAUGAAUAUGACAUGACCAAAAUGCCAGAAUGUUACUUCUAUUCUAGAUUUAAUGCCUGUCACAAUAAGGAAUGCCCAUUCUUACACAUUGACCCGGAAACUAAAGUCAGAGAUUGUCCUUGGUAUGAUCGUGGAUUUUGUAGGCAUGGACCGUUGUGUAGACACAGACAUGUGAGACGUGUUCUUUGUAUGGCAUAUUUAGCUGGGUUCUGUCCUGAGGGAUCAAAUUGUAAAUUCAUGCAUCCAAGAUUUGAAUUACCAGCUGUACAAGAUAUGCAACCAAAAGAAGGGAAGAAAGUAAUGAUCACGUGUCAUUUCUGUGGAGAAGGUGGCCAUAAAGCUAUUUAUUGCAAUAAAAUGCCACCAGAUGUACGGGAAGCUCAAGUUAGACAAGAAAUAGAAGGUAAUUCUCAUGCGGCACAUCAUAUGAAUAUGCACAAUGGACCACCUUCCCGAGGACCACAAAAACCUUUGGAAGAAGUCACGUGUUACAAAUGUGGGACAAAAGGUCAUUAUGCCAACAAAUGUCCAAAGGGUCACUUAGCUUUCUUAAGUCAUGCAGGAGGCAGUGGAAGUGGAAAUCAGAAUCAAAAUUAUCGCAGAUGAUUUCAUUUACUUUAUUUGUACAACAUUAAUAUUGUAAUUUUAUUUUAUUUUAAUAAGAUCACUUACCUGUAAAAAUUU